AUGUACGGUUCGUCCGACAUCGAGCUCUCUCACCUGAAGGCCAAGGCAGCCAUCAGCGAUUUCGCCGCGUCCGUCGACCACUCGACUUUGGCCUCCAUCCCUUCAUAUACAUAUGAGGGCGAAUAUGAAGACACGUACGGCGCGGCCGGUGUUGAGGACGGACCAAAAGAAACAUAUGCAGUCGAAGAGGUAGAUGAAGCUGGUAAGAAAAGAGCUCUGAUCGGACCUUGGCAAGCUGGCUGGAAUAUUACUAACGCCAUACAGGUAUCGUGCAUGAAAGCGCCGUCUUGA